AUGACCGAGCGCAACACGAGGGUUCAGGACCCAGUUCUGAGCAUUAAUGUGGGACAGUCCGACUACAAUAUAAGUGUUGGAUUCCCAGGGGCAAAAAUCCUGGCUCUCCUUGCCCUGGCUCUCCUGGUUCUGGCUCUCCUGGUCCUGGCUCUCCUGGCCCUGGCUCUCCUGGCCCUGGCUCUACUGGCCCUGGCUCUCCUGGUCCUGACUCUCCUGGCCCUGACUCUCCUGGCCCUGGCUCUCCUGGCCCUGGCUCUCCUGGUCCUGGCUCUCCUGGCCCUGGCUCUACUGGUCCUGGCUCUCCUGGCCCUGGCUCUACUGGUCCUGGCUCUACUGGCCCUGGCUCUCCUGGCCCUGGCUCUCCUGGCCCUGGCUCUACUGGCCCUGGCUCUCCUGGCCCUGGCUCUCCUGGUCCUGGCUCUCCUGGUCCUGGCUCUCCUGGUCCUGGCUCUCCUGGCCCUGGCUCUCCUGGUCCUGGCUCUACUGGCCCUGGCUCUCCUGGUCUUGGCUCUCCUGGCCCUGGCUCUCCUGGCCCUGGCUCUCCUGGCCCUGGCUCUCCUGGUCCUGGCUCUCCUGGCCUUGGCUCUCCUGGUCCUGGCUCUCCUGGACCUGGCUCUCCUGGUCCUGGCUCUCCUGGCCCUGGCUCUCCUGGUCCUGGCUCUCCUGGCCCUGGCUCUCCUGGCCCUGGCUCUACUGGCCCUGGCUCUCCUGGUCCUGGCUCUCCUGGUCCUGGCUCUCCUGGCCCUGGCUCUCCUGGUCCUGGCUCUACUGGCCCUGGCUCUCCUGGUCUUGGCUCUCCUGGCCCUGGCUCUCCUGGCCCUGGCUCUCCUGGCCCUGGCUCUCCUGGUCCUGGCUCUACUGGCCCUGGCUCUCCUGGUCUUGGCUCUCCUGGCCCUGACUCUCCUGGCCCUGGCUCUCCUGGUUCUGGCUCUCCUGGCCUUGGCUCUCCUGGUCCUGGCUCUCCUGGCCCUGGCUCUCCUGGUCCUGGCUCUCCUGGCCCUGGCUCUCCUGGUCCUGGCUCUCCUGGUCCUGGCUCUCCUGGCCCUGGCUCUCCUGGCCCUGGCUCUACUGGCCCUGGCUCUCCUGGUCCUGGCUCUCCUGGUCCUGGCUCUCCUGGCCCUGGCCCUCCUGGCCCUGGCUCUCCUGGUCCUGGCUCUACUGGCCCUGGCUCUCCUGGCCCUGGCUCUCCUGGCCCUGGCUCUCCUGGUCCUGGCUCACCUGGUCCUGGCUCUCCUGGUCCUGGCUCUACUGGCCCUGGCUCUCCUGGUCCUGGCUCUCCUGGCCCUGGCUCUCCUGGUUCUGGCUCUCCUGGUCCUGGCUCUCCUGGUCCUGGCUCUCCUGGCCCUGGCUCUCCUGGUCCUGGCUCUACUGGCCCUGGCUCUCCUGGUCUUGGCUCUCCUGGCCCUGGCUCUCCUGGCCCUGGCUCUCCUGGCCCUGGCUCUCCUGGCCCUGGCUCUCCUGAUCCUGGCUCUCCUGGUCCUGGCUCUCCUGGCCCUGGCUCUCCUGGUCCUGGCUCUCCUGGUCCUGGCUCUCCUGGUCCUGGCUCUCCUGGUCCUGGCUCUCCUGGCCCUGGCUCUCCUGGUCCUGGCUCUACUGGCCCUGGCUCUCCUGGUCUUGGCUCUCCUGGCCCUGGCUCUCCUGGUCCUGGCUCUACUGGCCCUGGCUCUCCUGAUCUUGGCUCUCCUGGCCCUGGCUCUCCUGGCCCUGGCUCUCCUGGUCCUGGCUCUCCUGGCCCUGGCUCUCCUGGUCCUGGCUCUCCUGGCCCUGGCUCUCCUGGUCCUGGCUCUCCUGGCCCUGGCUCUCCUGGUCCUGGCUCUCCUGGUCCUGGCUCUCCUGGCCCUGGCUCUCCUGGCCCUGGCUCUACUGGCCCUGGCUCUCCUGGUCCUGGCUCUCCUGGUCCUGGCUCUCCUGGCCCUGGCUCUCCUGGCCCUGGCUCUCCUGGUCCUGGCUCUACUGGCCCUGGCUCUCCUGGCCCUGGCUCUCCUGGCCCUGGCUCUCCUGGUCCUGGCUCUCCUGGUCCUGGCUCUCCUGGUCCUGGCUCUCCUGGCCCUGGCUCUCCUGGUCCUGGCUCUCCUGGCCCUGGCUCUCCUGGUCCUGGCUCUCCUGGUUCUGGCUCUCCUGGUCCUGGCUCUCCUGGCCCUGGCUCUCCUGGUCCUGGCUCUACUGGCCCUGGCUCUCCUGGUCUUGGCUCUCCUGGCCCUGGCUCUCCUGGUCCUGGCUCUACUGGCCCUGGCUCUCCUGGCCCUGGCUCUCCUGGCCCUGGCUCUCCUGGUCCUGGCUCUCCUGGUCCUGGCUCUCCUGGCCCUGGCUCUCCUGGUCCUGGCUCUACUGGCCCUGGCUCUCCUGGUCUUGGCUCUCCUGGCCCUGGCUCUCCUGGUCCUGGCUCUCCUGGUCCUGGCUCUCCUGGUCCUGGCUCUCCUGGCCCUGGCUCUCCUGGUCCUGGCUCUACUGGCCCUGGCUCUCCUGGUCUUGGCUCUCCUGGCCCUGGCUCUCCUGGCCCUGGCUCUCCUGGCCCUGGCUCUCCUGGCCCUGGCUCUCCUGGUCCUGGCUCUACUGGCCCUGGCUCUCCUGGUCUUGGCUCUCCUGGCCCUGGCUCUCCUGGCCCUGGCUCUCCUGGUCCUGGCUCUCCUGGCCUUGGCUCUCCUGGUCCUGGCUCUCCUGGCCCUGGCUCUCCUGGUCCUGGCUCUCCUGGUCCUGGCUCUCCUGGCCCUGGCUCUCCUGGUCCUGGCUCUCCUGGCCCUGGCUCUCCUGGUCCUGGCUCUCCUGGCCCUGGCUCUCCUGGUCCUGGCUCUCCUGGUCCUGGCUCUCCUGGUUCUGGCUCUCCUGGCCCUGGCUCUCCUGGUCCUGGCUCUACUGGCCCUGGCUCUCCUGAUCUUGGCUCUCCUGGCCCUGGCUCUCCUGGCCCUGGCUCUCCUGGCCCUGGCUCUCCUGGCCCUGGCUCUCCUGGUCCUGGCUCUACUGGCCCUGGCUCUCCUGGUCCUGGCUCUCCUGGCCCUGGCUCUCCUGGUCCUGGCUCUCCUGGUCCUGGCUCUCCUGGACCUGGCUCUCCUGGUCCUGGCUCUCCUGGCCCUGGCUCUCCUGGUCCUGGCUCUCCUGGUCCUGGCUCUCCUGGUCCUGGCUCUCCUGGUCCUGGCUCUCCUGGUCCUGGCUCUCCUGGUCCCUCUGUCUCUAUUCUUCUUGAGAAAGGCGUUCUAA